CGGAAGCGGCCUGGGCUAGCGCGGGCCCCGAUGUGUGGCGCGACCGGGGUGCCGGUCACAUGGCGCGGGGCGGAAAUGGAGGCGCUGGGACCGCCCCCGGCUUGGAGCCCAGAGCUGCCGCCGGGCCGUGGCGGGGCGCCCGCAGCAAGGGGGGUGUGCGUGGCCCGUGACCAUCUCUUUGGGCACGAAAGGGAAGAAAGCCAGGAAGCCCAAGAAAUGAGAGGCCCUGACAGGCGACGGUCUAGCCUGGGAACCUGUCCGGCGUCCGGCACAUCAUCCUUGUGCUCUCGGGCAAAGGGGGUGUUGGGAAGAGCACCAUCUCCACCGAGUUGGCCCUGGCCUUGCGCCACGCCGGCAAGAAGGUGGGCAUCCUGGACGUGGACCUGUGUGGGCCCAGCGUGCCACGCAUGCUGCAGGCACAGGGCUGCGCCGUGCACCAGUGCGACAGCGGCUGGGUGCCUGUGUUUGUGGACCAGGAGCAGAGCGUCGCCCUCAUGUCUGUGGGCUUCCUGCUGGAGACGCCCGAUGAAGCCGUGGUGUGGAGGGGCCCCAAGAAAAACGGUAACAAGACUCAAGUCCUCAGCGGUCCCAUGCGAGCUGUCACAAGGAGUUGGCACCAUCCAGGCAGCACCGGGCGGGCUUGUGAGAAGUUGCGGGAUGAGGCGGGCAGCACAGUCCUGGGGCUUGAAGGCCAUUGCUCCCGAGUCACAGGUCUACAAGGGUGGGGCCCACAUUGGGGCUUCUGCUGGACCAUCAGACCCAGAGCACCUGCUGGUGUCAGAAGCCAGCCUCGGGCCAGUGAGCCAUCACGCUCCCCACGGGGUCUGCUCCCUGGGCUGGGAUGCUCGGGGCUGUCCCUUGUCUGGUACAGACAUCAGCUGAUGGCCCCUGGGUGGGGUGGAGGGAGGAACAGUGUGCUGGGGAACUGUGCGUGUGUUUGUCCUCCUGGCAGCGGCCUCGCCCUCUGGGGACCAGGCCAGGCAGGAGCGCUGUCCGCACUGGAGGCUGCAGGAGGCGGGGGCUUCUCGGGGCUCCCUCACCAGCCCCCGGGGUUCUGGGCCGUCUCCGCAGCGCUCAUAAAGCAGUUUGUGUCGGACGUGGCCUGGGGGGAGCUGGACUUCCUGGUGGUAGACACGCCCCCGGGUACCUCUGACGAGCACCUCUCGGCUGUGGAGGCCCUGCGUCCCUACCGGCCCCUGGGCACUGUUCUGGUUACCACGCCCCAGGCGGUGUCUGUGGGGGAUGUGCGGAGGGAACUGACCUUCUGCAGGAAGAUGGGGCUGCGGGUGAUCGGCAUCGUGGAGAACAUGAGUGGUUUUGUCUGCCCGCACUGCGCGGAGUGUACCAACCUCUUCUCCACGGGAGGCGGGGAGGAGCUGGCCAGGCACGCCGGGGUCCCCUUUCUAGGCUCCGUGCCCCUGGACCCCCAGCUCGCAAGGAGCCUGGAGGAGGGCCGUGACUUCAUCCAGGAGUUCCCUAAGAGCCCGGCCUUCCCUGCGCUCGCCUCCAUUGCCCGGAAGAUCCUGGACCGGGCCCAGGCACGGGGCCCUGACUGAGGCGCCCUGACCAAGGCAUCCUGCUGGCCUCCUGUCUCCUCGGCUCUCCCAUGCUGUGGGGCGCGGGCACGGGCGGCCUGGAGAGGUGCUGGACCUACGGAAGCUAUAGCAGCGGCACCUGUGUCUCCACCCCACCCCACCCCCGGUCUGCGCCCAGAGCCCUUUCCCAUGUCUCAGCAGCAUGGGCAGGGCCCCGGUAACGCGCCUCGAGAGAUGGCACCGCGUCCAGGCCGCGCGGGGAGGUGCCAUGCUCCCAGAGGGACCAGCUUCUCCUGACGCCUGUGCCCCACGCAGCGCAGAGCACGGGCGUGGAGCUGCUCCGUUGUCCUUGCUGACCCCAGCCUGCCACGUUGGGGGUGGGCUGCCAGGCCUGGAGACACCCUGCACUGUGAGAAGCCUCCAUUAAACAGACGCCCGUGUCUAUGCGUGUGGUGUCUCCACCUUCCUUUCUGACCUUCUCUAUUGUGUCUCUGUGUCUGCUUCGGUGGG